AUGCGACCAGUCACCUUGACGAUUCUUCUCUCGAUUCUUCUUGCCAGCUCCGUCAGAGCCGAUUGGUGGGAUGGAUUCACUGAUACAGUCAGCGGUGGAUUGAACAACGCUGCCGGUUGGUUCAAAGAGACCGCCUCACCAGCGAUUCGCGACAAAUUCAACGAGUACAAGGAGAAACUUCAGGACCCUGAAACGCAUAAGAAUAUUCGAGAAUGGGUGGCCGAGAAGUACGAGGCCGCUUCGGAAUUCACAAAAGAAGAGAUCGUUCCCGAAUUGAAGAAAGUCUACGAAGCAGCGACCGCCGAUGUGACCACUUCGGAGCCAAAGAAAGAUGAUGACGAAUAG